AUGGCUGAAAAACAUGUGAAUAACUUGGGCAAGGAAGUCGGAGAUCAUCGCUGCGUUGUCGGUAACUUCCCUCCAAGUCUAUGGGGUGAUUUGUUCCUCGGAUACGCCCCUAAUAAUCAGCUUAUGCAAGAGUAUUUGAAGGAGAUCGAAGUGUUGAAGGAUAAAGUCAAGAGUAUGCUAACAACUCCUACACAAACAAUGGAGCUAAUUGAUAUAAUCGAACACCUAUGCUUGUCUUACCACUUUGAAGAUGAGAUUGAAGACAAGUUGGAAAAAUAUUUCAAUCUUGAUGUGGAUUAUAUUUAUGAAGCCUACGAUCUCCACACGGUAGCGCUUCACUUUCGAUUAUUCAGAGCGCAUGGUUAUCAUAUGUUGCCGGAUGUUUUUAGUAAAUUCAAGGAUGAUAUAGGAAAUUUCCAAGAAGCCCUAAAGAGUGAUACUAGGGGUUUGUUAAGCCUAUACGAAGCAGCUCAUCUAUGGAUACAUGGAGAGGACAUCCUCGACGAGGCUCUUGUUUUUGCAACAUCAAAUCUCAAGUCUGCGACACAAAAUCUCGAUUCACCCAUUAAAGAAGAAGUCGAGCAUGCUCUAGCGCAGCCAUUGCAUUUGAGCAUUCCAAGAGUUAAUGCACGAAAGUGGUGGAAAGAAUUGGAUGUUCCAUCAACACUUCCAUAUGCUAGAGACAGAGUAGUCGAGUGUUACUUUUUUUCGCUGGGGACGUAUCAUGAACCUCAAUAUUCUCAUUGCCGAGUUUUACUAACCAAAGUCAUUGCAACACUAUCCAUACUCGAUGACACAUAUGAUUCUUAUGGUACAACUGAAGAACUAAAUGUUAUUACAAAUGCUAUUCAAAGGUGGGAUGUGAACCAGAUUGAUCAUGUCCCGGACUAUUUUAAAUCAUUCUACAAAGCACUUUUGGAACUGUACAACAAAUUUGAAGAAGAACUGGAAGCGAGAGGGCAAUCUUAUGCAAUAUACUAUGCCAAAGAAAAUGUUGAAAGACAGAUUAGAGGCGACAAAGCUACUGGUAUUGGAUGUUAUGCUGAAGAAAAAUGUGUUUUGGUUGAAGAAACCAUAGAUAAAUUCUAUGAGGUGGCUAAAGAUGCAUGGAAGGAUAUGAAUGAAGAGAUUCUCAAACCAUCGACACACUCAAGAGAUGUUCUGACCCGAAUCUUGAAUUUGGCGCGAGUAGUCGAAGUUCUUUACAACAGUAAUCAAGAUGGAUAUACACUUCCAAAGAGAGUUUUAGAACCGCAUAUCAAGUCAUUGCUCGCAGAUCCCAUCAUAAUUUAAGACUGGUCAUCUUAAUAAGAUUACACAUAUAUAUGUUAGUGUGUGAGUAAGAGCUAGGAAUGCUCAUGUAAUUUCAAUUGGUGUCCUUUUGUAUUUUUAGUAUGACACUCCGG